AUGAUGCGCGACGAGCAGCGCAAUGUAGCGUCGCUGUUGCGCACAGUGACGCUGGUGUUGAUCAUCGGUGCGGCGGUAUCUUCGCGCCUGUUUGCAGUCGUACGAUACGAGUCGAUCAUCCACGAGUUUGAUCCGUGGUUUAAUUUCCGCGCGACCAAAGUGCUGACCGAGGAUGGAUACUACCGAUUCUGGAACUGGUUCGACCCCUCUGCUUGGUACCCCCUGGGCCGUGCGGCAGGUGGGACCGUGUAUCCUGGACUGAUGAUCACGACUGGCACGCUGUACAAUAUCCUGCACUUUUUCAACAUUCCUGUCAAUAUCCGUGAUGUUUGUGUCAUGCUCGCGCCCUUGUUUAGCGGCUUUACCGUCAUUGCUGCGUACCUGUUUACCAAGACAAUGAAGGACGAGUGUGCGGCGCUGCUCGCCGCGAUCUUCAUUGGGAUUGCGCCGGGCUAUAUUUCGCGUUCGGUGGCUGGCUCGUACGACAACGAGGCGAUUGCUAUUUUUUUGCUGCUGUUCACCUUUUACCUCUGGAUCCGUGCGAUCAAAGACGGCUCCGUGGCGUACGGCGUGCUCACCGCCCUGUUUUAUUUCUACAUGGUGGCUGCCUGGGGUGGGUACGUGUUUAUCACCAACAUGAUUCCGCUGCACGUCUUUGUGCUCCUCCUCAUGGGGCGGUACAGCGGCAAGAUUUAUGUCGCAUACUCGACAUUCUAUGCGAUAGGCGUGCUUGCGAGUAUGCAAAUCCCGUUCGUUGGUUUCCAGCCGCUACGCACGAGCGAGCAUAUGGCCGCACUUGGCGUGUUUGGUCUUCUGCAGCUGAUUGCACUCGUGGAACUCUGCCGCCGCUACGUGAACUCGAGCGAGUUCCGCAAGGUGAUGACUACGUUUGUAAUUUGCGUUGCGCUGCUCUCUUUUGUAGCGCUGGUCGGGCUCACGUACGCUGGCUUCGUUGCCCCAUGGACCGGCCGCUUUUACUCGCUCUGGGAUACGGGGUACGCAAAAAAGCACAUUCCCAUUAUUGCGUCUGUCUCGGAGCACCAGCCGCCGACCUGGACGGCCUAUUUUACUGAUCUGCACUUUCUCAUCCUCCUCUUCCCCGUCGGCAUCUUUUACCUUUUCCGCGAGCUGCGCGACGAGCAUGUGUUUGUCGUGAUCUAUGCCGUGGCAGGCUCGUACUUCUCGGGUGUGAUGGUACGCUUGAUGCUCACACUCACACCGUGUGUGUGUGUGAGCGCCGCGAUCGCUCUGAGCACGAUCCUCGAUACAUACCUCGGGCCGAGUGAUACGUUCAGCGAUACGCCGAACGAUACGCCGAACGAUACGCCGGUGCAGAAACGCAAGGCGAAGCCAACAUUGGAGCGCCCGCGCCCGCGCAUUGCAGGGCUCGAUAUACGCGUGUUUGUCGUUGGGAGCAUCAUGCUCAUGCUCCAGCUGUUUGUCCUGCACUGCACGUACAUCACCUCCUUUACAUAUUCCUCGCCGUCUGUCGUGCUUGCCUCGCAGCGAAGCGAUGGCUCCCAACUUAUCAUUGACGAUUUCCGCGAGGCAUACUACUGGCUCCACGAGAACACCGCCGAAGAUGCCAAGGUUAUGAGCUGGUGGGAUUACGGGUACCAAAUCGCUGGGUUCGCCAACCGCACCACGCUUGUGGACAACAACACGUGGAACAAUACGCACAUUGCCACCGUCGGCCGCGCCAUGUCCACGACGGAGGAAAAGGCGUACCCGAUUCUGCGUAAGCACGAUGUAGACUAUAUCCUCGUCGUGUUCGGCGGAUUGAUUGGGUACAGCGGCGACGACAUAAACAAGUUCCUCUGGAUGAUCCGCAUCUCCGAGGGAAUUUGGCCAGAGGAGAUCAACGAGUCCAAAUUUUUUACUCCACGCGGCGAGUACCGCAUCGACGACGGAGCGACAGAGACGAUGCGCGAGAGUCUUAUGUACAAAAUGAGCUACUAUCGCUUCAACGAGGUGUUCCAAGGGGGAACAAGUAUGGACCGUGCGCGCGGAACUGCAGGCCCCUCGCGCUCUCCGACGCUCGACACGAUCGAGGAGGUGUACACGAGCGAAAACUGGCUUGUGCGGAUAUAUCGUGUGAAGAAAGAAGACGCGCUUGGGCGCACGCACAAGGAUGCGAAUGCGUUUGAGCAUGGCAGGCGGCGCAAGAAGCCAGCCUUCUCGACGCAUGGCAGUGCUGUAGUGAACUAA